UGGUGCGCCAAGAAAAAAAAUCCUGAAGUCCUGCGUGGGUCAGACUCGCGGCGAAGGUGUCAGGACCGCAACAGGCUGGACAUCUGGAAAUUCAAGUGAGAAACAUGAUUGACCCCGACUGUAUGUUUGAUUAAAGAUCGACCUUUAACCAGCUGAGGAUGAGCAGGGAGGCUGCUGAAAUCCAUUUUGUCUAUGAAGCUCUCGAUGAGCCACAUGAGGAGGACGAGGAGGAAAAGGAGAUGACAGAAGAUGAGGAGCCCAAAGCCUGCGGCGUGUGCGGCGAUCUGGCGAAGGGUUACCACUUCAACGCUCUGACAUGUGAAGGCUGUAAAGGCUUCUUUAGACGUGCCAUAAAGCGGUCAACGCAGCUCCGAUGUCCGUUCCUGAAUAAAUGCAUCAUCACCAAAAACAACCGCCGCUCGUGUCAGGCCUGCCGCUUCAGAAAAUGCCAGGCCAUCGGGAUGCGGAAAGACAUGGUCAUGUCGGAGGAAGCGGUCUUGGAGCGAAGAAUCAAAAUAAAGAAGAAAAAGAUGUGCAACACGACGGCAGAGCUUUCGACCCAACAGGAACAGGUGGUUGAGGAGCUGCUCUGUGGCCUCCGCAGCACAUUUGACUCAACAUUUUCACGCUUCACUGGCUUUAGGCCCAUGGACAGAGAUGUGUUGAUGGAGAACCAGCAGUCCAGACCCCAGACCAGCAGCCUGACGAAGAGCUGGUGUGCAGCUGAAGAACAUGGAGAUGAUCCUUCAAAGUCCCCUUACCCCUGCUCCCUUUCCUCCACCUCCUCCCCGUCUCUCUCGUCCUCUUCCACCCGCUUCUUCCUCCCCGGUUCCUUUGAAAAAGGCGAGGACAACGUUGGAGAUGAAAACAGCAGCGUUUACACUAACCUCCCGCAUCUGGCUGACCUCACGACCUACAUGAUCCAGGACAUCAUCCGCUUUUCCAAAAGCCUUCAGGACUUCCGGUCACUAAGCAUUGAGGACCAGAUAUCUCUCCUGAAGGGAGCCACGUUUGAAAUAAUGCAGAUUCGCUUCAACAUGGUGUUCAACACUACGACGAGCAACUGGGAAUGUGGCUGUAUUACAUACUGCAUACACGACGCACUGCGAGGAGGUUUCCAGCCGCUCCUGCUUGAGCCCCUCUUCAAAUUCCACCACAAUCUGCGCAAACUGGACCUGCAGGAGGAGGAGUACGCCCUCAUCCAGGCCAUAUCGCUGUUUUCUCCAGAUCGUCCUGGAGUGCAGCAUCCCGCCGCCAUCGAUAGAGUUCAAGAAAACUUGGCAGAAACUCUGAAAACCUGGAUCGACUGCAAGAAAAAAGGCCCCAAAAAACACCUGCUGUAUCCCAAAAUGAUAGCCUGCCUCACGGAGAUGAGAACGAUGACGGAGGAGUACAGCAAGCAGAUUCUGCAGAUCCAAGACGUGCAGCCUGACACCAUCUCUCCACUCAUCAUGGAGGUGGUCAGUAAAAACCCCUGCAACAACGUCUGAGGCCCAGAACUGGCCACUUCCAGCACUCGGCUCUUAUUUAGCCGUUGGGGUUGGGGCGGGAACUGGACGUUCCCUUUGAUUCGCUGCUAUGUAAGGCACUCAGGAAACGUGAAGAAGCUUUCGCUGGGCAGAAGCGAGCUUUACAGACUCACUGAUUUGCUGGUUUCAGGUGCUUUUGUUGUGGCAUUUUGAUACAAUAUGAGUUUUGAUGUUUACGAUGAUUUUCAUUGCACUCAGAACGGAGACUGCUCAGGAAGCAAAGGGAAACCUUCUGAAAACAUUUACACCGUCUCACUUGUUACCUCAGGUUGUUUUCAGUUUUGUGUUUGUUGCGCUAUGUCAAACAGAAGUUUAACACUCAUUGUAAAUAAAACUGAAUAGUAAAGGUGCUUUUUCAAAUCUUUUAUGAUGUAGCCUGAUAAAGAUGUGUUAAUUUGUAUUAAGGUUCAGAAACCCCUCAAAACUCAGGCUAUCUGGUAAUAUCAAAUCAAUCUGAAGGAUCUCUCACAUGAAAAAAAAAAUUUCUGUGCAUUUUUUUUUUUCAGGACAUUGAUUAGUUUAAGCCACAAUAAGACAAUUAAGAUGUCAUUUAAAGGUUAAUGAAUGAAUCAAAGAGAAGUAAUAAUCAGGACAUAAAUGAAAUGCAUUAUCACUGACACUGAGAUUUGUGGACUAAUUAAUUUGGGCAAAGAAAGCAGAAAGCAGAAAUGCCACACUGCUUCUACUCUACUGAAGGAAAAAUACAGACUUUAGGUAACAAGCUUUCAAAAUAUUAUCUAAACUGAUUAAAGAGUUAAAUGGGUUUAUCUAAUUUUGAGUUCUAAUGUCAUAGUACUUUGACCUGAGUUGGAUUCAAAAUCAAAAUGCUCUUAAAGGAAGUGGCGGCUCUGCGAUUCCUAUACAGAAGAAAAAAUGGACACUUGUUCAGCUUUACACAAUAGACAAACAUAAACUAGAUUAAGAUGCAAUCUCAAACAUUUAAUGUAACCAAAUCUCACAGAUUGAUCAGGCUUUAUGUGUUCCAGGGUUCCGCCUGUCUGAACACAGCACAGCUCAGGAACACACUUCUGGGUAUGGAGAGAUCAGGAGGUGCUGGUCAGCCAAUCGCAGGCAGACUCUGGGUUACAAAGACAACAUAUUUUCCUUUCAAAAUAGUAAAAAAAAACAAACAUCCAGGGACAGUAAGUCUCGGCAACAUCAAUAAACUGUCAUUUUGGACAUCGUCUCAUGAAUUAGGCUUUGUGCACUUAACAAAAAAUCUGCAGCAAUAAAUACAUUAAGCUUGAUUGUAAAUUUUGACUGAACUAGAAUUGUUUUCAAUUAUUAAUUUCUAACCUUGUGAGGUUUUAAAAUAAACAACUUCACUUGUUCACAAGGUUUUCUCAGUUCUGAAAUUCAACUUGGAAGGAUCAGGCUUAUAAACUGCAAUCAGAAACAGUCACACUUACAGAACAACAGAGCUCAGACAUUAUCAUUAAUGAGGUCACAUUAGUCUGUGACUUCAUUAGUCACCUCUAUUGCCCUCAGUAUUGUUGUUUCUAAGCUUGAUACUUCCAACCCAAGUUUCCGAAUCCUUUUGGCUGAAAGAUGAAACAACAAGAAGUAGAGUUGUCUUUACCUAAAGCUCAGAAGAUUAGCAUGUCCCAGGCUGACUGAGGAUUUAAGCUGUUUUAGUGAUAUGUAUAAAUAAAUAUAUUUAAAAAUCACAAACUCUUUGUGUCUUUUACAUUCACCAAGGUCCACUUCUUAAUUAAAGCAGUUGUUUCCCUAAAAUAUGAAAACUCUUCUUUUAA